CCAGGAAAAAUGGCGGAGGCAGCGGCGGUCCCCCCGCAUCGGUUCUUCUGUCACUGUUGUAAGGGUGAAGUGAGCCCUAAACUCCCGGAAUAUAUCUGCCCAAGAUGUGACUCGGGAUUCAUCGAAGAAGUGACAGAAGAUUCCAGUUUUCUAGAAAACAGUGCAAAUGGUUUAGACGACACAGCCACACAGUUUGCAGAGCUCUGGCGCCUGUUGUUUGUGGACAGGCCGUUCACAGUAGACCUCGACAGCCCAGACUCAGAGCCCCGGGUGCCGGGUGGUGGUGGCGGCGGCGGCGGUGGCGGCGGUGGCGGCGGAGGCCUGGGCCUGGGCGUGGGGAGCUUUGGCGGCUCAGUCCCCGGGGGGUUGGGGGGUUCCCUGGGGAGCCCGCUAGGAGCCGGCGCCGGCGCUGGCAGCGAGCACUGGGGUCUGGGUCGCCCUCCGCGCGUCCACACGCAGAGGCGGUACCGGUCCAGAGGCAGCAGUCGACCCGACCGGUCCCCAGCUGUGGAAGGAAUAGUACAGCAGUUUCUCGCUGGUCUCUUUGCCAAUUCAGGAGUUCCAGGCUCCCAGCCUCUCCCAUGGAUGUUGCACUCAAAUCCUGGAGACUAUGCCUGGGGACAGGGUGGACUGGAUGCAGUAAUCACACAGUUACUGGGCCAGUUUGAGAACACAGGCCCUCCUCCGGCGGAGAAGGAGAAGAUCUCGUCCCUCCCCACGGUCGUCAUCUCUCAGGAACAGGCCGACACUAAUAUGGAGUGUCCGGUGUGUAAGGAGGAUUACUCUGCUGGGGAGCCCGUCAGGCAGUUGCCUUGUAACCACUUCUUCCACAGUGAAUGCAUCGUGCCCUGGCUGGAGCUGCAUGACACGUGUCCAGUGUGCAGGAAGUCCCUGAGUGGUGAAGACAGCUGCGCUCAGACGCCCACAGAACCCUCGUCCCACAGCACCGACCCACGCACACAGGAGAGAUGGUCUUUCUGAAGGACCAACACACACACACACACACACACACUCCCUGUGACCGCAUCCUUCAGUACUGACCCUCUCCCACAGUAGUCAGCGUCUUUCUGGAAUCACACACACCACACACACAUGCACCCUCCAUGGACACCAUUGUCCCCGUAUCUCUGAAUUACUUACACACACAGCCCUCAACCUUUCCUCAAUGCACACAGGAGAGAUUGCCUUUCUGAAGAAUACAAACACACACACACACACACACACACAAACUCCACCUGUACCCAGGAACAUCCCUUGCACAGGAGACAGUUACUGUUUGAAUUACACCAACACGCACCACACACACACACACACAUUUUGACUGUCUGCCUGUUUGGAUGUGUGCACCAGCCUCUCUCAUGUGUCAGUGUGUACAUACUACUGUGAACCUCACAGACCGGCCCUCUGGCUCUUGCGCUCGCUCUCUCUCUCUCUCUCUCUCUCAGCCUCUUUAUCCCUCCAUCACUGUUCUCUCUCAGCCUCAGCCUCCAUCUCUGUUCUCUCACUCUCUCAGCCUCUUUAUCCCUCCAUCCCUCUCUCUCAGCCUCAGCCUCCAUCUCUGUUCUCUCUCUCUCUCAGCCUCUUUAUCCCUCCAUCACUGUUCUCUCUCAGCCUCAGCCUCCAUCUCUGUUCUCUCUCUCUCUCUCUGCCUCUAUUCCUCCAUCUCCAUACCUCUCUCUCACUCUCUCCACGCCGCUACUGUGCAGUGGGCAGCAGCGGGCAGUGACACAGACGCAGACCUGAUCUGACCUGGUGUGACCUGGAAGUAAAUCCUGUCAGAGCUGGCCCUGGACCAACCUCUGCUGCUGCUGCUGCUGCUGUUGUGUGUGUGGCCACUGGCGCUCACUCAUUGUGUUAUUCCAAACGCAGAGGUCACAAUGCUCUCUUAGAGCAGCUACGCCCUCUCAGAGCAAUCUGGAGUUUUUACCUCCUUCCCCUCAUCCGUGCACUCAUCCCUUGCUUUCUCUCCUUCCCUCAUCCGUGCACUCAUCCCUUGCUUUCUCUCCUUCCCUCAUCCGUGCACUCAUCCCUUGCUUUCUCUCCUCCUCAUCCGUGCACUCAUCCCUUGCUUUCUCUCCUCCUCAUCCGUGCACUCAUCCCUUGCUUUCUCUCCUCCUCAUCCGUGCACUCAUCCCUUGCUUUCUCUCGCUCCGUUGCAAAGGGAUGCAAAGGUAACCUCAGUGCUUGCUGAGUUCACGCCUCCAACAUACACCACUCUGCCUUCCUCCCUCUGUCACUCGUUCUUUUCUGUUUACCUGUCUGUCUGUCUUCCUCCCUCCCUCCCUCUCUCUCACUUGUUCUUCUUUGUUUACCUCUGCCUGUCUUGUUCCCCUUCCCUCCAUCAUCAGCUCACUGGCAAUAGAGAUUGUUCCUCUAUACAACCCUCAUCCCCAAUGUCCAUUCACUGACCUGGAUCAGUUUUGUUGUCAUGCUUGUAACCGUGGUGAUCAAGAGAGUGGAGCAGGAUUGGCUGACUAGGGGUCAGUCAGUCCGCCAGGCAGGCAGGCAGUAAACUGCACACUGUUGCUACGGCGGAAGAACUCGCUAGCCUCUCUGGAGUUGUGUACAGUUCAUUUUUCUUUUUUUCCUUUUGUAAGUUUUCUUUUUUUUAAAAAAAAACAACAACAUGGUAAUGCUGUAGAAACACAGGAAAUAUCUGACUUUAAGUGAAUAUCUGAGUUUCUUGUCUCAUGGUUCCAUUUGCACUGUUAGACUCGGUCUCCUGCCCCCAUGGCAUCCUGUGUGUCCAUACAUGCCCUCGCAGACGCGCCGCCUCCCCCUGUCCGCUGCCCCCUGCCCGGUGUAUAUAUCACUCACCUCCGUCAUGUGCUGCGUUCCAGACAACUCGAACGCCGGAGGUCGGACUUCAAUUCCAACCUUGAGGUUGGGGUAGAUCUACUUACCCCAGGGAGUUCAGAAGAGAACUUCGACUUCAAGUGGUGUUCCAUUGUACUUUUUCCCUGUAGGUCCGAAUUUCGACUUCCGAGUUGCCUGGAAUGCAGCAUUAUUCUUCUUUCGUUCUCAUUUCCAUCACUCUAUUUUUUUAAUGUAAAUAAUUCUAGUUCAACAACCUCUGGACGCAAGGCAAAAUGGAACUAAGCAGUGAUUAUGGGGGGGAAAAACAUGAUGCCCUGAAUUGAAAAAAAGUAUAUAUUAUAUAUAUGUGUAUGAUGUAAAAUUCUAAAAUGAAAUUCAAUAAAAAUGAGAAAAUGAUGUA